UGACGUUAUUAUGACUCUGUCACGUCGCGCUGCGACUGAGGCGUGGCGUCUGCUGGGGCACCUGAAGGAGACUUUGGGACACCCUCGUCGUGCCUCUUGGGCUGUGAGGAGUCGCCGCUGCCGCCAGUGCCUGUGCUUCAUGAGGAAGAUGCUCGCCGCCGUCUCCCGCGUGUUGUCUGGCGCUUCUCAGAAACCGGCAAGCAGAGUGCUGGUAGCAUCCCGUAAUUUUGCAAAUGAUGCUACAUUUGAAAUUAAGAAAUGUGACCUUCACCGACUGGAAGAAGGCCCUCCUGUCACAACAGUGCUCACCAGGGAGGAUGGGCUCAAAUACUACAGGAUGAUGCAGACUGUGCGCCGAAUGGAGUUGAAAGCAGAUCAGCUGUAUAAACAGAAAAUUAUUCGUGGUUUCUGUCACUUGUGUGAUGGUCAGGAAGCUUGCUGUGUGGGCCUGGAAGCCGGCAUCAACCCCACAGACCAUCUCAUAACAGCCUACCGGGCUCACGGCUUUACCUUCACCCGGGGCCUUUCCGUCCGAGAAAUUCUCGCAGAGCUUACAGGACGAAAAGGAGGUUGUGCUAAAGGGAAAGGAGGAUCGAUGCACAUGUAUGCCAAGAACUUCUACGGGGGCAAUGGCAUCGUGGGAGCGCAGGGCCAGAUAUUUGAAGCUUACAACAUGGCAGCUUUGUGGAAAUUACCUUGUAUUUUCAUCUGUGAGAAUAAUCGCUAUGGAAUGGGAACAUCUGUUGAGAGAGCAGCAGCCAGCACUGAUUACUACAAGAGAGGCGAUUUCAUUCCUGGGCUGAGAGUGGAUGGAAUGGAUAUCCUGUGCGUCCGAGAGGCGACAAGGUUUGCUGCCGCCUAUUGUAGAUCUGGGAAGGGGCCCAUCCUGAUGGAGCUGCAGACUUAUCGUUACCACGGACACAGUAUGAGUGAUCCUGGAGUCAGUUACCGUACACGAGAAGAAAUUCAGGAAGUAAGAAGUAAGAGUGACCCUAUUAUGCUUCUCAAGGACAGGAUGGUGAACAGCAAUCUUGCCAGUGUGGAAGAACUAAAGGAAAUUGAUGUGGAAGUGAGGAAGGAGAUUGAGGAUGCUGCCCAGUUUGCCACGGCCGAUCCUGAGCCACCUUUGGAGGAGCUGGGCUACCACAUCUACUCCAGCGACCCACCUUUCGAAGUUCGUGGUGCCAAUCAGUGGAUCAAGUUUAAGUCAGUCAGUUAAGGGGACUAGAAGGGGAGGUUAUACCUUCAGGGGGCUACCAGUGUUCUCAACUUGGUUAAGGAGGAAGAAAACGCAGUCAAUGAAAUUCUUGUAAACUUCCAUUAAGACUAAGUGUGUAGAUUGAGCAGGUAGUAAUUGCAUGCACUUUGUACAUUGUUGCAUUAAAAGAUGAAUUAUUGAGUGCUUAAAGAUUAUUUUUGACUUAAAAUAGUUGAACAAAUACUCUAACUAUGAAAAGGAAGAACAAUACCUUGUGUGCCUGUUUCCCCCACCCCCAGCCACCUUUUUGGGAGGAGACCAUUAUCAAUCACAGGGCCCCUCACAGGCAUGCUUGUGGUAACAGCCCACAGUGUUCUGCCAUAGCACCCGCUCCGAGCAGCGUUGGUGCUCCAGCCUGUUUGCGCUGACCAUCAUUUCUCUGUAAGACACAAUAUUUAUUAUCAGGCAGGAGGACAGUUCCAUUUUAAAAUAAGACUCUUUCUUUCACAAUCAUUUCAAAGGCCACAUAACUUAGUUUUCUCUACUUACACAUUCAGUAUAAAUAUGAAGCUAUUUUCUGUUCAUAUCAAACAUUAACUACAAGGCACAUUCGUAUCAAAUUUAAGUACCAUACCAGUUCUGAAGCAGUGUCCCAGCUUCCAUGUUAAACACCCCUUGUUUCACCAUUCCAGCAAGUGCUAAAGGGUGUACUUUUUUUUUUUUUUUGAGACAGGGUCUGGCUCUGUUGCCCAGGCUGGAGUGCAGUGGCAUGAUCACAGCUCACUGCAGCCUCCAUCUCCUGGGCUCAAGCAAUCCUCCCACCUCAGCCUCCCUAGUAGCUGGGACUACAGGUGAAUUUCCUAAUAUUCCGGGAGGUCAAAACUAAGGCUCACUGUUUUCACAAUACACACAGUUCUAUGUUUAUAAAUAAUAGGUUUCAAAAGAAACUCAGGACAGUGUUUAAAACUUAAGUUCUUAAACUAUUAAUUGAACAAUGGCAUUUUUAAAUACGUAAACAGCAGAAUUCGUGUGUACACUAACAGAAGCUUUAACAAAACAUGUAGCAUGGUGGCACACUCUGCUCCAGCUUAGCUGAUUGGUAUCAAGCCUCAUCUUUGGUUUCUGAGGCCUCCUGAGCCCUUCUGUACUGGGAGACUGCACUCCAGAGCCUGCAGAGGAGACCACCCCUAGGAAACAAACAGAGCUGUCUUCAGAGUCAGAGCUUCAAGCCAACAGAGCUUAAAAAUGCAGUCCCCAACUUAAAAACCUAAUGAAAAUCAAAACAUUCUCUUCACAUAUGGAGGUGACGCUCGUGUCCCAGCAGUGGUAGGACAUGGCCUUAGAGGUACGUACCUGCAGAGAGCUGGCUAUUUCAAAUGACUCAGGAACAAGAAGGCAGGUUGCAGUUUAAAGAAGGGGGUGGGUCCAGCAUGCGGGCACGCUUGCUGUGUGCCUUCCCCCACUCCCAGCCAGGCAUUAAUGGCAGGAAAUUGGCCAGCUCUUCUCUGUCACCUUCCUACUUCUGACUUCUGCCUGGCUUUCAGUUUCUGCCAUGCCUUGGCUUUUUCCCAGCUUGAACCUAGCAGAACUCCAGAGUUUGGGGGGAGACCCAGCCCUUUGUUUUCUGCUUUAAGCAUAUUCACACAUAAAAAGUCGUGUUCUCUUUUACAAACUGUUUUGAGGCUCUUACCGUAGUCGAAGGUAUCUUAGAUCUUCCUUAGUGAUCUCAUUAAGAAUAUCAGAAAGUGUAUAACCCUCUUCAACAAUCUGAAACAAAGAUCAAAUCCUUAAGAGCUGAGCAGCUGUGUAAUAACAGCAAAGAAUUUCUUUGUUGUAAAGUUACCUUUUCAAUUGUCUUUGCAUCGGCUCCUUGCAGCCGCAACCAGUCUAUAAGCUCUUUAUCUGUUCUCUGCCCAUAGGGCCCUGCUGGGUUCUCUGUAAUACCUGUAACGAUUAGCAAUUUGUUAUCUAUUAGUCUAACCAUAAAAUUCUUCAAAAGUAACCAGGUGGAUUAAUAAAUGAUUCCAGAAUGUAAA